AUGUCCAAGUCCCGUCUUCCCCUCAUUCUCGGUGGUGGUGCCGCCGCAGGUGUCGGCUACUACCUCUACAGCGCUGGCGGAAACCCCAGGGCUGCUAAGGAGGAGGCACAGAGCGAUGCCCACCACGCCGCUGCCGAGGUCAAAAGCCACCUCCCCGGUCGCUCUCCCGUUGACGCCGAGAAGGACCUCAAGGGCUACGGCCAACAAGCUGGCGCCCAAGUUGACAAGGCUCUCGCGGAGGCCGACCGCCAGGCAUCAGUAACCAAGAGCAACAUUGAAUCGUACGCCAAAGACGCCAAGGCAGAGGCCUUGAAGGCCGUCGACAAGUUCGAUAACAAGGUCGAGGAGGAAGCCGCCAAGGCCAAGAGCGGCAUCUCGAGCUGGUUCGGCGGCGGCAGCAAAUAA